AUGUUAGGACAAAAAGCACAACGUAAAAAGAAAACAACAACAAUAACGACUAGUAAAACUACUAAUGUUUCAUUAGAAAGUAGUUUAACAGCAAUGGAUUGGUUACCUAAAAUGCAAAUAGGUGAAAAUCCAUUACCAUCAUCAACAACACCUAUCAAAGAAUCAUUGCUAAAUCCAUCAUCUUCAUCAUCAUCAUCAUCAUCAUCAUCAUCAUCAUCAUCGUCAUCAUCACUUCCAAUGGCUUUAUCAACAACAACUAUUCAACAAAAACUAGAACCAAACGAAAUUGAAUUACCAACAUCAACUAAUCAUUUAAAACCUCCAUAUAGUUAUGUAACAUUAAUUAAACAAGCUAUAUUAAGUGCUGCUAUGCAGAGAAUGACAUUAAAUGAAAUUUAUCAAUGGAUUGUUGAUUCAUAUCCAUAUUUUCGUACAGCACCUCCAAAAUGGAAGAAUUCAAUUCGACAUAAUUUAUCAUUGAAUAAAUGUUUUAAAAGACUUCAAAGAAGUACAAAUGAUCCGGGCAAAGGUUCUUAUUGGGCAAUUGAUGAAUCAAAUGAAAUCAAUCAUCAAUCGAGUUCUCGUAAACGACGAUUUGACACACAUCAAUCUCUUCCAAUAUUAUCUUCAUCACCAACUCAUAUAAAUCAAAAAUCAACUGUUUUUCAUACGAAUAAUGAUCCAAUAAUAUAUGGUGAUGGUAGUAAUAUUGGUGGACAAUCAUUAUCAGCUGAUGAAUCAGAUUCGACUAUGUCACUUGCACUAAGUUCUACAUUAAUACAUUUGGAUGACUUGAAUCCUGAUUUAAAUACUUCAUUUCAUCAAUUUUGUAAACAAAUUGUAGAAGGUCCGCCUACGACAUGGAUCACAAAUUCUGAGCCAUUGUCAACAAAUACUGCUAUUCCAAAUUCCUGGGUUCAUGAUCUUUUUCCUCAUGGAGAAGCAAAUAGUUUUGUUGAAAGUGUUAAAUUGGGAUCGAAUCGUGAAAUCAAUUGGAAUGAUAUUGAUGUUAAACCUUAUUGCGUAUAG